CAGCUCCGCCAUAUUGCAGGAAAUCCGUCUGAGGUUUAGAGAUUAGCGUUUAAUCUGAGGAGCUGGGAACGAGAGUGUGAUUGGAAGUUUCUGCUAGCCAUAUGGUUAGCUCGAGUGGGCGGGUAGAUCGCGCAAUCUCUGUUGUCAUACGACAAGACAUAUGUUUAUUAAGACAAAUCGGCGCAGUUCGGCACGUUAUUAUUAUGCCGAACUCUCUUUAUGAGUGUGUGGCUAGACUGGCGAGUUGACAUUCUGACUCUGAAAAGUGGAAAAUCGGAUUAACGUUCAAGAUUGCGCACCAAACCCUAAUCAUCUUGUGUCGCUGGCUCCCGUUGCUACGAGCCCAAGAAAUCUUAUAGAGAAAGGCUGAUAGCUAGUUAGGUUAAUGUCAGCAGGAAAACACCAAGACCGGGAUCGGUGAUUUGUAUUUCUGUCAGCGAGGAGGAGAAGCGACCGAGUCGUUCUCGGACCCAUCGGAGUCGCUGGCCACUUUGCGAUCUCUUCUUCCUCGGACUGGCACCAACAAACACGGAGAAUAUCUUUGUUCAUUUACUGGCUAAUAAAUCCUGACUGAACUGUGAGAAGAUGUCGACUAAAGAGCCGAAAGAUCAGCUGUCGACAACUGAGCGAAUCGUUAAAACAGUGCCACUGCCCCCUCACCAGCGGCUGACAAUAAAGGACCUAUUUGUGGAUGGCAAGCCCAAUCCCGAGGUACUGAAGAACCAUUUGCUCAAAGAGGGACGUGUGGAGGAGGAAGUUGCGCUGCGCAUCAUAAACGACGGUGCCAACAUCCUACGGCAGGAGAAGUGCAUGGUAGAAGUGGAGGCACCAAUCACUGUAUGUGGUGAUGUUCACGGACAGUUCUUCGACCUCAUGAAGCUGUUCGAAGUUGGUGGUUCCCCUGACAACACGCGCUAUCUGUUCCUGGGCGAUUAUGUAGACAGAGGAUACUUCAGUAUUGAGUGUGUGCUGUUCCUGUGGACAUUGAAGAUCAACCACACCAACACCCUCUUUCUCCUCAGAGGCAACCACGAGUGUCGGCACCUCACAGAAUACUUCACCUUCAAACAGGAAUGUAAAAUUAAGUAUUCCGAGAGGGUUUAUGACGCAUGUAUGGAUGCCUUUGACUGCUUGCCUCUUGCAGCUCUUCUAAACCAGCAGUUUCUCUGCGUUCACGGUGGCCUCUCACCAGAAAUCAACUGCUUAGAUGACAUUAGGAAAUUAGACAGGUUUAAGGAGCCCCCGGCAUUUGGUCCUAUGUGUGAUUUGAUCUGGGCCGACCCAGGAGAGGACUACGGCAGUGAGAAGACGGCAGAGCACUUUAACCACAACUCAGUCAGAGGCUGCUCCUAUUUUUUCAGUUAUGCAGCAGUCUGUGACUUUUUGACAAACAACAACCUGUUGUCAGUAAUUAGAGCUCAUGAAGCACAAGAUGCCGGGUACAGGAUGUAUAGAAAAAGUCAGACAACAGGCUUCCCUUCAUUAAUUACCAUUUUCUCAGCACCAAAUUACCUAGAUGUCUAUAACAACAAAGCGGCCGUAUUGAAAUAUGAAAACAACGUUAUGAACAUUAGACAGUUCAACUGCUCUCCUCACCCGUACUGGUUACCCAACUUUAUGGAUGUGUUUACGUGGUCGCUGCCCUUUGUGGGCGAGAAAGUGACUGAGAUGUUGGUGAAUGUCCUAAAUAUCUGCUCUGAUGAUGAACUCAUGUCAGAGGGAGAUGACUUAUGUGAAGGUGGAACUCCAGCUGUCCGUAAGGAGGUGAUUAGAAAUAAGAUCCGUGCCAUUGGGAAAAUGGCCAGAGUCUUUUCUGUGCUCAGGGAAGAGAGCGAGAGUGUACUGACCCUCAAAGGGCUCACCCCAACCGGAACGCUACCUGUCGGAGUGUUGUCUGGAGGCAAGCAGACCUUACAGAGUGCCACCGUAGAAGCAAAGGAGGGUCGAGCCAUCCAAGGCUUUUCCCCUACACGGAAAAUCCGCAACUUCGAAGAAGCUCGUGGCCUGGACCGAAUAAACGAACGGAUGCCUCCUCGGAAGGACGGCAAGCAACCCGACGGUACUACAGUUAACACUGCCAACGAGAAAAACGGCACUGACGGGAAUGUGUAAGGGCCGGGGGGAUUUUGCACUUCCUCUCCUCCAUAGCUUUUUCUCUUGCUCUGCCACGUUCUCCACGAGACAGACCCCAAACUGCCUGGGAUGUGGAGAGGAAUCAUUCCACAAACAGAGAGAGAAAUCACUUACAACUAAGUACAAACAUGAGAUUUUAUUUAUUAAAUGAAAUGUAUUAGAUGUACUCGAUAGCAACAUUUUAAAGAUGAGUGAACAUUUGAAAGUGUGCAAAAUACAGGUAUACAGUCACAAUGUGUCAACCUUUAAACUGAGACUACAGUUUUGUAACCCGAAGACAGAGAUAAGGAUUUAAGAUGCUUUACAGAUCAAGAGAUCUAGUUAAUACCGUUUUAUAAUAUUGUAUGUCAAAAUGUAUUUGGCAAGGGGAUGGUUUGGCUGAAUAUGCUGGCAUAAAAAUGUCCGUAAGGGAUAAGGCAACGCAAACCUAAGGGAAAUAAGUUAUAAGUUCAUUGAAAACUAUUUUAUAGCUGCUUAAAUGUUAUUCCGUUUCAGACUAAAAGAAAAUAUUAGCUGCUUUGGGGUCCACGUGUCUGUUUCUACAUGGAAAAACUAGCAUUUAAAUGAGUUUUUUCCUAAAACAGCACUUGAAUCCUGCCAGAUGACACACCACAUGCAAGGAGGCAUAACAAUCGAUCUUAAAUAGAAGUUGUUUGAUUCUA